AUGAAAGCCAUCAAACAGGUCUUACAUGUUUACCUCUUUGGCAAACUCAUGAUCACAGGUUUCCUGCACAACCCUGCAGGGAAAUGUGAUGUGAUAAAUCGUGGUUUCUCCCGCUACAAUGCCAGGUGGUGCAAGUUUGUGCUGCCCCAGAUCUCCUCAGCAGCUGAUGAUGCUGCAAGUGUAGCUGCUGUCACCAUCUUCCUUGGUGCUAAUGAUUCCAAUGAUGGAGACCUGAACCCCACACAGCAUUGCCCUCAAAGACUAUACAGAAGACCUGAUAGAGAUGGUGGCAUAUUUGCAGUCUAUCGGCAUCCAGAGAGAGAAUCAUCCCUCAUCACUCCGCCACCAUGUGAUGAGAACGCCUGGGGAGAAGAAUGCAAGAAGAAAGGUAAACCGAUGAGCAAGUCCAACACGCUGACAGAGCUGUAUGCCAAGGUCUGUGCUAAGGUUGCCAGUGACUGCGGUACCCAGUGUGUGGACCUGUACAAGGCCGUGAUGAAAUCAGAGGAAUGGAAGAACAUGCUUUGUGAUGGUCUCCACCUAUCACAGACAGGCUCUCACUUGCUGUUUACACUGCUCCAGCCAAUCGUAGACAAGCUUACAUCAGAUGUUGUCUUCAAGUUUCCGUUGUGGGAUGAAGUGGACUACAUGAAUCCUAAAGUGUCUCUAUGCUCUACCAAUACAUCUAGUUAAUGUGUAGGUGCUCUGUGACUAGUUAGUAUGCAGGUGCUCUGUGACUAGUUAGUAUGCAGGUGCUCUGUGACUAGUUAGUAUGCAGAUGCUCUGUGACUAGUUAGUAUGCAGGUGCUCUGUGACUAGUUAGUAUGCAGGUGCUCUGAGACCAGUUAGUAUGCAGGUGCUCUGUGACUAACAACUACCUUAUCUAAUCACGGUACCUUUCAAUUUGAUCUCUAAGCUCCAAGUAAUUUAUGAUGAAACUUACAAACAUGAAUAAUAUUUUUAAUGGUGUACUGAUGAUAUUUGUUCGAAGUUGUUUUGAUUUCUGGCAUCAGUAACACACACUCGUACGAAAAAACAAAUAGCCAAUAAGGCAAAACAUACCAGUUUCUGACCACUAAACACAACCACCUUCCUUCAUCAUAGUUCAAGUUAGCGAAUGUUUUUGGUUUUAGGCUUAUGCACUGUGAAGUGUCUUUGGUAUAUGAUUUGUCUACACCAGCUCAGGGCCAAUAUUUGGCCCAAAUUGCCUAAAAGUAAAAUGUCUUAAUUGAAUUUGAAUUCAGAAUUUCCCAAUACCCAGAAAUGACAAAAAUAUUGAAAAUAUAAAUUUUUAGAAUAUCAAAAUCUUUUUUUCCUGCCAAGGGGUACAUAACAUGGGAUCCUUCAUAACUCUGUGGCUACAGCAAAUGUGUGUCAUGUCAGUUCACGUACACAUUUUCUUGAUUAUCUUUGAGCAUAUUCUUGCAGAGAUUUGCAGGACGCGAAUUCCUGCGUCCUAUACGUAUAAAAAUUGACAAUGGACGCAACAGAAUUAUCAGCGCGUCCACAGGGACCCAGAAAAAGUCCAAAUACUUUUUGUAAAAAUUCCAAUCAAGUAACAAUGAGUUAUCACCGAGUUUGCUACUAGACUGUAACAAUGUCAUGAUGAUGAUACACAAUACAAUAACAGUAUUAAUAAUAAUAUUUAAGUGUCUGGGACCCCCAUUUUGUUGUCCAGGACCCUUGAAAAUUAAGAGUAUGAGUACCAGGGACACUCAAAUACAGGACUCCAUGUAAAUCCCUGUGUCUUGGUUUAUUCAGUGUAGUUAAAUAACACUACAUACAUUUUGGGUCCAGAUGUUUGAGUAUUUUGCACGAA